UCAGCUGUCACCGUUCUCGUUCGAUAAUUAUUAAUAUUAAUUAUAAAUCAAUUGAACUCAAUGGAAGCGACACCGCCAACGCCGUCACAGAUGUUGGCCUAUCUGGAGGAAUUCCGCAGCACUGGUGCCACCUCCGAACAGCUGCCCAACGACAUCUAUCGCAACUUUUUUUCCGAAAUCCUCGCCAAGAAAACAUUAGCGGCUGCCGCCAGUAAUUCCCUGCUAGAAUGUUUCGAUGCGGUGGUCAGCAAUCAGGAGGUGCCACCCCCUCCCACCGACGAGGAUGUCUGGAUCUUUGGCUACGGAUCGCUGGUGUGGAAGGCCGACUUUCCCUACAUAGACCGGCGGCGGGGAUUCGUUUGGGGCUUCAAGCGACGCUUCUACCAGCACAGCAUCGACCACCGGGGGAUACCAGAGCGUCCGGGACGCGUUGUAACCCUCCUGCCGGGUGAUCCCAGCAAGGAUCGGGUCUACGGCGUGGCCUAUCGCAUUGCUGGCAGGCAAAAGGGCGCCGUCUUGGAUCAUCUGGACUACAGGGAGAAGAACGGCUAUGAGAGGUGCAGCCUGCACUUCCACGAAUACCCCAAGACCUCAGCCGCGGGCGUAGAGCCCAUCCAGGUGAUCAUGUACGUGGCAACGCAGGCCAACGACUCGUAUGCCGGCGAUGUGUGGCAGGUUCCGUGCAUCGCCAGGCAGAUCUUCAGUUCCGCUGGACCCAGCGGUCCCAAUCGUGAAUAUCUCUUCAAUCUGGCCACGGCCAUGGAACAGCUAUUCCCCGGGGCUGUGGACGAGCACCUGGUCGAGCUGGUGGCCAGCGUGCGGCGCUUUAUAGACGAGGAUGAGCCGCAUCUGCUGGAAGGCGCCUUGCUGCAGGAGAUCUCAGCGGCGUUGCAAGAGGGAGCAUCAUCCCACCAGGACCAGGCGGAGAGACUCCACCAGCUAUUGGAACGUUCCCAGCAGCCGGGAGGACGCGAAUGGCUGCUCCACGGACAGUUGAAGCGAAAGAACGAGGCGUGACAUCACAUCCUCCUAGACAAUUACUAUUUAUUUGUGUAAAUACCGAAAACAAUGACGUGUUGCAUAGAAUUCCAGCGAAAAAGAGAGUAUUUUCGUUCCAUAAAUGUAAUUUUUUGUGACUCAGAAGGCCGAGCAGCAACGGCGAUAGUCUAUUUUUAAUGAGAAAUAAACAAAUUUAUUUAAAUA